CGUGUCUUCUUUUCUGGUUCGCAUGCACAUUUAUAUGUAUCUGUCUUUUUUCUCUACUUCAACCAUCUCUCUGUAGACACAAAGUACUAUACUCCAUUAUUCAUGGCUGCCUUAAGCUUCAUAAUUGGUAUCAUUGGUAAUAUCAUUUCUAUUCUGGUUUUUGCUUCUCCCAUAAAGACCUUUUGGACAGUGGUGAAGAAGAAAUCGACAGAAAAUUACAGAGGGGUUCCAUACAUAACUACAUUACUGAGCACAAGUUUAUGGACUUUCUAUGGACUUCUGAACCCAGAUGGUUUGCUUGUGGUAACAGUGAAUGGGACUGGUGUUGCUUUCCAGUUCAUUUAUGUCACUCUAUUUCUCAUCUAUGCUCCCAAGGAUAAGAAGGUGAAGACAGCAAAAUGGGUGGCUUUAUUAGAUGUGGGUUUUCUUGGGGCAGUGAUAACAGUAACCCUUUUAGCCGUCCAUGGAAAUCUGAGGCUUACCUUUGUUGGAAUUUUAUGCGCUGCAUUAACCAUAGGCAUGUACGCAGCACCUCUAUCUGCCAUGAGAACCGUGGUAAAGACCAAGAGUGUGGAGUACAUGCCAUUCUUGCUUUCCUUCUUCCUCUUCCUCAAUGGAGGUGUUUGGUCCGUCUAUGCAGUGAUCGUCAAAGACUUCUAUAUUGGAGUGCCCAAUGCAACAGGGUUCGCGUUGGGGUCAGCCCAACUAAUUCUUUAUGCAAUGUAUAAGAACAAGUCGAAGUCAGCUAAAUCCAUAGAAGCCAUGGAAGAAGUAGGCUCAGCUCACUUGGUCAAAGGAGGCAUCGAGAUGCAGUCGCACAAUGACGAUGAAGAUGAUGAGACUGGCAUCAACAACCGAAGCCUCAACAAGGGAAAAAGCCUACCAAAGCCAUCCGCAAAUAGACAAUAUAGCUUUAAAAAAAUCUUGAGGACACUUUCAUUGAAUGCUCAAGAUUUGCAAUCUGGUUGGCCCAAUGAGAGUGAUGUUGAGAAUAUGAAACUCGGAAACGAUCACCCUUGAGAGUUUUACAUUUUAAUAUGCUAUUGUAUGUCCUUGUAGCUUUUUUUAUACCUACUUCAAUUAAUUAUUUUAA